AUGAACCUGGAGGCUUUAGAUCCGGAGCAUGCUGCUUAUCUGGAGGCUUUCAGCCAGUGGUGCUCAAGAACCCGCGGAGGACCUGCAGAAGUCUUCCGGGAAAUUGACCUGGAGGGCAGCGGGACCGUGGGCCAGGGCGAAUUCGUCAAGGGCCUGACGGCUCUAGGGUUCUUCGACGACGAGACCAUCCCGGAGGGCAUCCGAACAGAGGAGCUUCUCCUCCAAAACCUCUACCCAUUGAUUGUGACGGGUCAUUGCAUCAGCAUCGAUGACCUUCUCUUCUUGGAGAAGGACAAGGUGAAGCGAGCCAAGAUUAUCCGCCAGCUGCAGCGGAUCCGGGACCAGGGCAUUGAGGCCGGGCCCGAGCCUUUGCGCAACGAAGGGCAGCAGAUGCUCUUCAAGCUGUCAAUGUCCACGACGCAGCUGAGAGGAAAGCACUGGAAGGGCGUGACGUCCAAAGUGGCUCGCGGGGCAGGAAGCAUGCCCGGUUCCCCAAACUUCC